GAGCUGCUGAAGCUAAGCAAGGACGAGGUGAUUCAGCAGCGGGUGGGCAAGUUCCGAACCAUAGGCGGCUUCACAGAGGGCGUGGCGGUGGACCCGGCCAAGAAGCGCGCCUUCAAGAAGCGAGACAAGCCCGCCCCCCUGCGCUCCUCCCCCACCUCGCCCUUCUCCCCGCCCCGCUCCUCCUCCCAAGUCAACUCCAAGCCUGUUCCCAGUAAAGCCGAGAGCAACAAUUAG